AUUUUUUUCGCCGAUUUUCGUUCUUAAGUUUUUAAAAUCCAAUCUAACAAAGCUUUUUCGUUGCAGUUUGUCGUUUUUAAACUUUUUAAAUGCAAUCUAAAAACACAUUCUAUUGCAGCUUUUCAUUCUUAAAUUUCUAAAUCUUUGUAACUCGUUGCAUGUAUAGACAAAACAUAUAACAUUUCUUUCAUGUGCAGAAAAAUAAUAUUCGCUUACGCGUUUACGAAAUUGGAGAUACUUUAACAAAUAAAUUCAUGUGUGAAUAAAAGAUGUUCGUGCGCUGAAAGAAUAGAGACACGAAGAAUAAUUAACUUUUUAAACAUUUUUUGUGUUAAUCCCUUAGCAGCUGAGGUAAUUAUAAAAAACAAAAGCCACACAAAAAUUUCAUGCGAUCGUUAAAUUUCACGUGUGGGACACGAACUCUAUUGUUUUUGACAUGCAAAAAAUAGAUCAUGUAUUUAACAAUGGAUAUAUAAUAAAAACUAAAGUUCUGGCGCUAACAAAAGUUCAUGUACAGGUGAUAACUAUCUUGCUCAUGUAAUAUUACAUUCAGGCGGUACUGUAGAUGUGCAUAUUUGAUUACAUGGGUAGCCUCACAAAUAUAGAUAGAUGUGCAUAUUUUACAUGGCUAGCCUCACAAAUAUCGAGGGAUAUACCCUGUCUAUUAUUCCAGGAGGGGCCAUGGCUUAGAGUCCUGGAGUAUUUAAUGCUCAUUUUGAGCUACGCAAACUCAAUGCUAGGGUUCACAACUCUGCCAGAGAACUCCCUGCCUGCAACAUCCAACACGGCCCACACAGUGCGCCAUCUCCCCAAUUUCCCUCACAUGGCUUGGGUUAACCUGGGGCUAUGGUAAUCUCCUGGAAGAAUUUGAUAGAAUAUAUAUCAUCCCUCAAGUGUUAGAAAAAAUGGAUCUUUUAAACAAAAAGAAAUCUUUCAUUGGGAAACCUGCACCUCUUGGAUAUGUUGCUGGUCUUGGAAGAGGUGCUACUGGUUUUACAACACGUUCAGAUAUUGGUCCUGCACGAGAUGCUACAGAUAUUCCCGAUGAAGCACAGCAAGCUGCCUUGCAAACUCAAAUGAUGAGACACAAAAAGCGUGAUGAUGAUGAUGAAGAUGAGGACUUAAAUGAAUCGAAUUAUGACGAGUUUGCCGGAUAUGGUGGCAGCUUGUUUACAAGUGGUCCAUAUGAGAAAGAUGAUGAAGAAGCUGAUGAGGUGUAUGAAGCAAUUGAUCGAAGAAUGGAUGGGAAGAGGAAAGAAAGAAGGGAGAAGAAAUUCAAAGAAACUGUUGAGAAAUAUCGUCAAGAGAGACCUAAAAUCCAACAGCAGUUCUCUGAUUUAAAGCGAAAACUCACAGAAGUUUCAGCACACGACUGGGCAAUGUUACCAGAAGUUGGAGAUGCUAGAAACAAAAAGAUGAGAAAUCCAAGAACAGAAAAGUUCACACCAGUUCCUGAUAGUGUUAUUAGAUCAGCUUUGUUGGCUGGUCAAACAGCAACAGCUGUCAAUACAAUGGACCAACUGGGUGGUUUGAAUACACCAUAUCCUGGACUUUCCACACCAGUCACAGGGGAUUUGGAUUUAAACAAAAUUGGAGAAGCAAGAAAAUCUUUGGUUAAUGUGAAAUUAGAUCAGGCUUCAGAUUCAGUAUCUGGUCAAACUGUUGUUGAUCCAAAAGGGUAUUUAACAGAUCUGCAAAGUUUAACGCCAAGUUCUAGCGGUGACAUCGGCGAUAUUAAGAAAGCAAGGCUGUUGUUGAAAUCUGUCAUUACAACUAAUCCAAAGCAUGCACCUGGUUGGAUAGCUGCUGCUCGUCUGGAAGAAGUCACUGGUCAUUUACAGAAAGCAAGAAACCUAAUCAUUCGAGGUACUGAAGCAUGUCCUAAAAGUGAAGACGUGUGGCUGGAAGCGGUUCGACUAGAGCCGACAGAUUUGUCAAAGGCAGUUGUUGCGCAAGCUAUAAAACACCUUCCACAGUCUGUUCGCCUUUGGAUUAAAGCAGCUGACAUGGAGGAAGAAAUUGUGGCACAGAAAAGAGUAUUUAGAAAAGCUCUGGAAAAUAUACCCAACUCUGUUCGUCUUUGGAAGGCUGCAGUCGAGUUAGAAGAACCUGAAGAUGCUCGUAUAUUGUUGUCUCGAGCUGUUGAGUGUUGUCCACAAAGUGUCGAGCUCUGGUUAGCUUUGGCACGUUUAGAAACAUACGAAAAUGGUAGAAGAGUGUUAAACAAAGCUCGUGAAAAAAUUCCCACAGAUCGUCAGAUUUGGAUCACUGCUGCAAAAUUAGAAGAAGCUAAUGGGAACACUACUCUAGUAGAUAAAAUCAUUGAAAGAGCUGUCUCGUCGCUGGCUGCUAAUGGUGUAGAAAUAAAUCGUGAAUUAUGGAUUGUGGAUGCUGAAGAUGUCGACAAAUCAGGCUCAACAUACACAGCCCAGUCAAUCAUUCGUACAGUGAUUGGUGUAGGAAUUGAAGAUGAAGAUCGAAAACAUACCUGGAUAGAAGAUGCUGAAUCAUGUGCUGCUCAUGGUGCAUUCGAGUGUGCUCGUGCAAUUUAUGCGUACGCUUUAAAGGCCUUCCCUAACAAAAAAUCCAUCUGGUUAAGAGCAGCAUACUUCGAAAAGAAUCACGGAACAAGAGAGUCACUUGAAAGUCUCUUGCAAAAUGCUGUCAAACAUUGUCCAAAAGCAGAGGUGUUAUGGUUGAUGGGUGCCAAAUCAAAAUGGAUGGCGAACGAGAUUCCAGCCGCUAGAUCCAUCUUAGCUCUUGCUUUUCAAGCAAACCCGAACAGUGAAGAAAUCUGGUUGGCUGCUGUCAAGCUAGAAUCCGAAAACAAUGAAGAUGAAAGAGCAAAACGUUUGCUCGCAAAAGCAAGGAUGAGUGCUCCUACUGCGAGAGUGUACAUGAAAUCUGUUCGACUAGAAUGGGUACUUGGAAACUUGCAACAGGCGAAAGAUUUAUUAAAAGAAGCGUUGGCAAAAUACGAUGACUUUCCAAAGCUCUGGAUGAUGAAAGGUCAAAUAUGCGAAGGUGAAAAAGAUAUGUAUGAAGCGAGACAAGCCUAUAGAAAUGGAGUGAAGAAAUGUCCAAACUCAAUUCAACUUUGGAUCUUGCUUGGAAAGUUAGAAGAAAAAGAAGGUAACUUAACGAAAGCUCGAUCAGUUCUCGAACAGGGACGACAUCGCAACCCAAAGAUCGACGAGUUAUGGUUGCAUUCUGUUCGACUUGAAAAUCGUGCUGGUUACAAAGAUUUCGCCAAAUCAUUAAUCGCAAAAGCAAUGCAAGAUUGUCCAACGUCAGGCGUACUAUGGGCGGAGAGUAUUUUCAUGGAGUCCCGCCCUCAACGUAAAACGAAGAGUGUGGACGCGUUAAAAAGAUGUGAGCACGACCACCAUGUGCUCUUAGCUGUAUCAAAAUUAUUUUGGAGUGAACGGAAAAUCAACAAAGCACGUGAUUGGUUCCAUCGUACAGUAAAAAUUGACCCUGACUUCGGAGAUGCAUGGGCGUAUUUUUAUAAAUUUGAAUUACUCAAUGGAACAGAAGCCAAUCAGAAAGCAGUGUUAGAAAAAUGUGUGAAAGCCGAACCACGUCACGGUGAACUAUGGCAGGAAGUUGCGAAGAAUACGAAGAACUGGCGAAAGAAAACUGCGGAGUUGUUACCCCUUGUUGCGAAGUCUCUGAAACCAAUCGAAAGUCUGUAACGUUUGGAUGACGAAGAAAUUAUACAGAUGAUGAGUUUGUAGAAGAGAAAAUGACCGUCCAGAAUGCGUACACAUUUGCCACUCACAUCACGUGGACAUAGAUCUUCUUAAUGUACAUAAAGGAAAAUUGGUUUGAACACACAUUAUUUCCACCAAUUUUAAUAAAGAAAUGCUAUAUGUGGAAAAACUAAAAGAUAUACCUUAAAUGA